CCGCCCGCAGCACUCUUCUUCCCGGCGAGCUUUCCACUACAGAGAUGGCUGCGAAAGUGUGCAGAUCGGUCCUCCUGUUGUCCCGGAGCAGCGGAGCGGCGGCCGGCAGCCUCCCGGCACUUGUUGUCUCGUCACAGCGGCGACACCAGCACAUACGACCGCAGGACCUACUGUCUGCUCCUCUCAGCCGUCAGAUUGUCAGGAGAGCACAUGGCCUACGAUCUGCACCCCACUCCACACUCUUCACCCAGCCUCCCACUGCCCUGUCUCCACAGGUUUGGAGGGGCGGCUCCUCAUGGCAUGGCCAGAGACUGUUGUGUACCUCCGCUGCUCCAGAAGAGGUGACGGUGGUGUAUCAGAACGGACUGCCGGUGAUCUCAGUCAGUUUGCCUUCCAGGCGAGAGCGCUGUCAGUUCACCCUCAAACCUCUCAGUGACUGUGUGGGAGUUUUCCUGCAACAGCUCCAGGCAGAGGACAGAGGCAUCGACCGGGUAGCCAUCUACUCCAUAGACGGAGCGAGGGUCGCCUCCUCCACGGGAAUAGACAUCCUGCUGCUGGAUGAUUUUAAACUGGUCAUCAAUGACACCACACACCUCGUGCGGCCACCGAGGAGAGAGCUGCUGCCCCACGAGGAGGGAGAAAGGCUGAAUGACGUCAAGUUCCUGGUGCAGCAGCUCUACACCACCCUGCGCAUCGAGGACCACCAACUUAGCAAAGAGCGCGAGCUGAUUGGACGACUGGAGGACCUCAACUCACAAAUCCGCCCCCUAGAGAAGGUGAGGGUAGAGUUGGGUAAGAGGGCAGAGCGGCGUACCACCUGGGUGCUGUGGGGCGGCAUGGCGUACAUGGCCACCCAGUUUGGCAUCCUGGCCCGGCUCACCUGGUGGGAAUACUCCUGGGAUAUCAUGGAGCCCGUCACCUACUUCAUCACUUAUGGCACAGCCAUGGCCAUGUACGCCUACUUUGUGCUUACACGUCAGGAGUAUGUUUACCCCGACGCUAGAGACAGACAGUACCUGCUGUUCUUCCACAAGGGGGUGAAGAGGACACGCUUCGACGUUGAGCAGUACAACAAGCUGAAGGAAGAUAUUGCUGAGGUUGAGUUGGAUCUGAAGCGUCUUCGGGACCCACUCCAGCUCCAGCUCCCAGUCCCGCAGCUCACCGCCAGUAAAAAUUGAUAGAACGAGUGACUCCCUCCUUUCUCAGCUCCUGCAAGCCCCUCCCCCUCCUCCCUCCUGCCGUCCAACACCCUUCUCCCUCUCCUCUCACCCUCAGCUAUUCCUCAGUCUCGUCCCCCUCCCUUCUAACUCCCAUCCCUCCCACACCCAAUAAUCCCAUCCCUUUCUCGACUGUGGGAGUUAGUUUUUUUCUCUCUUUUUUUGUUUCUUUAUUUUUAAAUUUAUCUUUUUGCUUUCCUGACUGAAAACUCCAGUCGGAAUCGCAAGAAAAGGAAAAAAAACGCUAAAUGACAAAGAAGGAGGAUUAGAAUACCAGGAAGUGAGGUCUCGUACAGGCGAAGGUUGUCGAGGAUAACGAAAAGGACGACGACGACGAUGAUGAUAAUGGAAUAAAACUGGCCAAAUGCCUCAAGUCUCCAGAGGGACAGCCUGUAAGGAACUCCAGGGGGAUAUCGGGAAUUAUCACACCUCUAGACGCUCCAGGACAGAGGACAUGCAGAGGGGCAUUGUCGAGUGUUUGUGUGUGUGUGCGUGUGUGGAGAGGUGGGCGGACUUUCGGGGUACACUGGGACACCGACCCUGGCCACGCUGCGGAUCGACACAGCCCCCCCCGCUUCCUUGAGCAGUCAAACUGUCAACACACACACAUCUACUCCUUGCUGGGUCAGGCUCCGGGGAGACUCUCUGUCCCACAUGUUAAAGUUUACACAAACGUCCUUACUGCAGUCGCACCAUCAGGGAGACCUUCAUCUCCCUGUAGCUGAACUGCUGCCUCUUCCCUCCCUGGGCCGAGCCUCCUCCAGGUGACGGACAGCUGUCCUUCCACGUGUGACCUUUGUCAGGAGCUUGUCUCGACCCGGCAGGAUGUAGGCCCGGCCACGCCUCGUUUCCUCUUCCUGUUGACGUCCUGUAGCGGGCCCCGUCUGCGCAAGUAUGAGAAGUUCUACCGACAACAACAUCACUGUGUGUUCUUUUAUUCCAAAAAAAAUAUUUUGGCACUUUUUAUUUUGAAAGCCAUAGUAUAUUUGUUAUGAGAAGAAUAUAAAUAUAUAUAUGUAUACAAUCAAAUAAACAAAUGACCAGAGGCUAGUUUCUUUCAGUGGGGGGAGGAGCUCUCUUCAGCACGUCGUUUUAUGUGAAAACUCGUUUGCAUCUCCCGUCAUGAAGGAACAUCUCGCUACGUCACGUACGCACACUGAAGAAGAACAUUAUAAUGUAUGCCGUUUCAUAUCUUUUUAUGACAAACACAUCAUAUAUUUCACAGCAACAGGCUCCUGUGCAUGGCCGCCAAUAGGGGGCGAACAAUAUCGAACCCAAAUCAGGGUUUGAUUGGAACUGCAAUCCCAUCCCUGACCUCACCUGCAGUGAUUUCACGACUAUAGACGGGAGGAAAAUUAAAGAGAAAAACAUAAAGUGUCUUCGUAAGGUGUAUGGCAACUGUGCAUUGCCAUUAUUUCAGAAGACGUGGAGAUGUGGUGACCACGAAGGCCACUGCACAUGGUUUUCUUACUAACACACAUGGGCGGGGCAUCGUUGUCCUUGUUCUCCACUCGUUUUUCAGUCUACUCCUUUAAUUUGUCACCCGUCUGUAGCUGCUACCAUAAGGAGGUUCAAAUAAUGACAUUAUUGCUUCAGACAAACCUACAGGCAUGCUAUGGUUUAAUAUGUCUGAUGAACUGAAUGGCUUUAAAAAGAAAAGAUAAAUUGCAGUCUACAGGAGGAGUGGAAUUCGCCUGCAGUUCAAUAUCUUCUUUUCAGAUAAAAUAACAAAAGGCUACAUCUAUAACAAAAAGCGACAUUGCAUUGAUUUUAUAGAAGGGUUCUGUUUUUGUCAAUCCUAAAAUAAAGGCAGAGCUUUCUCCUCCCACUGUUGCUGUAAUGCCCCCCCCUGCUCCCUUGAUGGCAAGGCAGGGUAGACUGCAUGCUGUGGUAUGCCCUCAGUAGAAAUUUGUGAAUGUGUAGGAGCAUUAUUGCAAUUUUGUACUUAAUUGGACACUUUUCUUUGCCACAUCUAGUUGAAGCCUCACCCCCCUCACGUUGAUCAGUUAAAUCAAAGCAUAUAUUUGUGGUGUCCAUUUUUUGGGGAUGGGGGGGAGGGGUUGUUGGCUUCACUCAGUGUUGUGUUCAGGGUUAGGUUUGGUGGCCCUCCGCUCCGCUCCCCAUUUGUCUCCAAAAAAAAAACGGUGUCAAAGCCAGUUAUGCAGCUGUAGAUCACCUCUGCAGAGGGGAAGCACGAAAACAUGAUGCCCCCCC